AUUGCGUUAAAAUAUAUAUAAUAAAAAAUUAUUAGCAUAUCGUGUUGCAUAAAAUAGGAGAGGUACAAAUGGAUGCGAGCAUAGUAGAUGGUUUCAAAUCAGAAUGUGGAUCUGUAGCUGCAAUAUCAGAUAUAGAGCAUCCAAUAUCUCUUGCCAGAUAUGUUUUGGAUAAUUUUCCCAACUCUAUCGUAGUAGGGGAAGGUGCAAAAAAAUUAACGAAAUAUGCAAAAUUAAACUUGCUAUCAAAAGGAAACAUGACAGCACCUAUGGCGCAUUUAGCUUACGAUAAAUCGCGAGAAAUAGGCAGUUCUGAUAUUAAUUUGGAUACCAAAGAUCAUCAAUUAUUGGACGUAUUAGGAAGUAAAUUGUAGAUACGAUAUUUCAGAAAAUAUUAUUUUCUUCUAUUUUUAUAAGAAAAAUAUUACCGAUA